AUGGACAUAGAAGUCAUAUCAAGAGAAACUGUCAAACCAUCUUCUCCUACCCUUCCUCAUCUAAGAAUUUAUCCACUUUCCUUUCUUGAUCAUGUCAUUUUUAGUCACUACAUUCCAGUAGUUUACCUUUACGAGCCAACCAUUACUAUUGAAAAUCGUGAAGAAAAAUCUGAUGAAGUGGUCAAGAAAUCCUUAUAUCAAGUUCUUGCCAUGUACUACCCACUUCCUGGCAGAAUCAGAGAUCGAGCUUCCAUAGAUUGCAACGACGAGGGAGCAACAUUAUUAGUCAAUCAUAUCAAAUAUGAUUUAUCAGGUUUGUGGCCGAUGGGUAUACGAUCUUCAACUUUGUCAAAGACUGGGCCACCAUUGCCAGAAAACUUGAAUCUUCUGGAGAAGAGAAAGAAGGAGAAGAAAGAUUUACCAAAUUACCCAGAAAUUGCUUUUGCGAGAGACAACACUCUGAGAUGCAAACGGUUCAUACUUGAUGCCUCGAAGAUUCAAUCUCUCAAGGCCAUGAUAUCGCAGCAAGUGAAAAAUCCCACGCGCGUGCAAGUUGCGAGUGCUUUUCUUUACAAAUCUGCAGUUUCAGCUUUAAGUUCAUCUUUCAAAUCAUCGAACCAACCGACGUGGCUUUGCUCUUGGGCGAACCUUCGGACGAGAAUGCUUCCUCCAGUACCUGAAAAGACCAUAGGAAACAUGAUCUGGUAUUACAUAGUAUCUGCUACGAUGGAAGAAGGAUUGAAUGAGGUUGUCUACAAAUUGAAGCACUCUUUGACGGAGUUUUGUGAUACCCAUGUUGAACAAUUUGGGAGAAAGGACAAGUCAUUCAUCUCGGAGAUUUUGCAACAAGCAACUAGUUGGGACCCAGACAACACCGAUAUGGUUGGGGUUGAUAUUACGAGCUGGUGCAGAUUUCCACUUUACGAAGCAGAUUUUGGGUGGGGAAAACCGAUAUGGGUGACCACUACUUGUUGCCCUCAUAGGAAUUGCAUGUUUCUUAAAGAUACAAGAGAUGGGGACGGGAUUGAAGUUCUUGUUAACAUGGAAGAAAAUGAGAUGGCCUUGUUUGAGCGUGAUGUUCUUCAAUAUGCUUCUGUUUCUCCAGGUAUAUAACUAAGUUAUGUAUUGAAUGUUUGUUUCAUUGAAGAGCUUGAUGAGGAUUGUUCUAUUAUUUUGUUUUUUAAAUUUUAUUAUUGUUAUCUGGUAUUUUAAUUAGGCUCUAUGUAUUCCCCAUAUAAAGCUGGGUUAGUGUUGAUUGUUUAAUAAGUAUUUAAUUUGAUCAUUUCACUACUCUAGAAAUA